AUGCCGAAGGCCGUCGUUCUUGGUGCUGCUGGCGGCAUUGGCCAGCCUCUCGCGUUGUUGCUCAAGGCGAACCCUCUGGUCACCGAGCUUGCUCUGUUCGAUAUCGUGAACACGCCCGGUGUCGCUGCAGACCUCUCGCACAUCUCGACGCCCGCCAAGGUCGAGGGUUUCUUGCCUCCGGAUGAUGGUCUGUCCAAGGCGCUCACGGGUGCCGACCUCGUCGUGAUUCCCGCCGGAGUUCCGCGUAAGCCUGGUAUGACCCGCGACGACCUCUUCAAGAUCAACGGUGGUAUCAUCCGCGAUCUCGCCACCGCCAUCGCAAAGACGGCGCCCAAGGCGUUCGUUCUCGUCAUCUCCAACCCCGUCAACUCGACCGUCCCCAUCGUCGCCGAGGUCUUCAAGAAGCACAACGUGUUCGACCCCAAGAGGAUCUUCGGUGUUACCACGCUAGACGUCGUCCGCGCUUCUACCUUCGUUGCCGAGAUUCUGGGCGACCUUGGCAAGUCGACCGAAGUCGUCGUCCCCGUCAUCGGUGGCCACUCGGGCGUCACGAUCGUCCCGCUCCUCUCGCAAUCCUCGCACCCGCUCCCCUCUGACUUCGCAUCGGGCGAGAAGCUCGACAAGCUGACCAACCGCAUCCAAUUCGGUGGCGACGAGGUCGUCAAGGCCAAGGACGGUGCCGGAUCCGCGACGCUCUCGAUGGCCUUCGCCGGCGCAGAGUUCGCUACCAAGGUCCUCAAAGCCAUCCGCGGCGAGAAGGGCAUCAUCGCGCCCACCUACGUUCACCUCAGCGCCGACGAGGCCGGCGGUGCCGCACUCAAGAAGGAGCUGGGCACCGACCUCGAGUUCUUCAGCGCCAACGUCGAGAUUGGGCCGGAGGGUGUCGCGAAGAUCAACCCGAUCGGUAAGGUCACGGAGUUCGAGCAGGGUCUGAUCAAGGCGGCUAUUCCGGAGUUGCAGAAGAACAUCGAGACGGGUGUAACCUUCAUUCAAGCCCCCAAGCUCUGA